GCAUGAUAUAUUUAUUUAUUUUUUUGGGAAAAAACAACUGAGUGUAGAGGUUAUCUUAUUGACUCAGCUUACAACAAAGCGACCUACCCACUCUCUCCUCCUCUGUCCGUCUCUUUUGUUGUGGUUGCUGCCGAUGGUUUGGCCCACAAAGCCAGUCAUUGCUGGCCACGUUGCCAUAGCAACCAGGAAAUACUUACAGCCAUCAGUCGAGUAGUGUGUGAAUGUGUGUGUGUGUGUUAGGGGGAUAGAGAGCAGAACGUGGUGAGUGGGAGUCCAGACGGACCACAACAACACAAGAGACUGAUUUUCACCUUUGACUUCAAUUCUUAAUCUUCCACCAGACUUGUGAGUGACUUGUAUGGAUCAAAGAUCAUGUAAUAUAUGUUUGUAUUAAUGUGUGACCCAAAGAAGGGGGUAUGUGAAUGUAUCUGAUGUAUAAAGAUGGUUAGUUAAUGUAAUUCUGAGUGAAAGUAUAUGUAUGUAGAAAGAAUUCUGUGGUGUUUGUGGACUCAAAAACAACUUCUUCUUUUUAAACGUGUCUGUGGACUCUGACGACAACAACUGGCUCAGAUGGCUGCCAGCACCGCAGCCACAACUCUCCUGCCUCCAGUCAAGAAUGUGGUGGUGUAUAAGAACGGAGACCCCUUCUACAGUGGACGGAGAUUCGUGGUCAACCAGCGACAUGUGGCCACCAUGGAGGCCUUUCUGACUGAAGUGACCCAGAGCAUCGGUGCUCCGCUUGCUGUCAGGACUCUGUACACCCCCAGACAGGGCCACAGGGUCACAGACCUCCAGGAUCUUCAGACAGGAGCACAGUAUGUUGCUGCUGGCUUUGAAAGGUUCAAAAAACUGGAUUACCUGAACGCAAGAUUGAAAAAGCAGCCUGCUGCCCGUGAAGAAACCCAGGCCAAAGUAACCCAGAGGCCAAACGUUUCAGCAAAGUGGAGGAAGUUUAUACCUGUACCUUGCAUUAUACACGUUUUCCGUAAUGGAGAUCUCCUGUGUCCACCAUUCCGAUUCAUCCUUCCUCGGAGCAUGCGGCAGGACCUGGAGCAGAUCCUGAGUCUGGUCACAGAGAAGGUCAGCUUACGAACCGGAGCUGUGCGCAGGUUGUGCUCUUUGGAAGGCGCGACUGUGUCCUCAGCUGUGGAGUUGGAGACCGGCCACUGCUAUGUUGCCGUGGGAACCGAGAGGUUCAAGAAACUUCCAUAUGUGGAGCUAUUAGUUUCAAAAGCUACCGAGAGACAUUACCCAGGAAAAAGAAGGCUGUUAAGGAGAAAUGAGAACAGAAAGGGAGGAAGAGGUCCAGAAGACCAAUACAGUGACUCAGCCCUCCUCAACUCCCCAGAGUCAGAUGGUCGGAGGGUAAAGUCGACAGGAGAUGAAGCUGCAGCUCCCCCAGCCGCACGGCAGAGGAGCAGGAGGGAGGAAGCAGAUGAGACCUCUGCGUUCUUCGCCAGGCCGGUCAAGAUCCGCAACAACAGAGGACAGCCAAGACCGCCGCUCAGCAACGGAUCUGUUCAGCCCAGUGUGUUCAAAAGAGCAGCACGGAAGAGAAGAGAGGAAGUACGCGGGGCAGAGGAUGUGCACGAGGAUGAAAACACAGCUACAGAGCUUCCCGUUGACCAGAGAGUUGCAGAAAUAGUGGAGGAUGAAGAUCUAUGCAACCAAAGCAAUCCUCUGCACAACACACAGAGACAUGCACAAAGUAUAGAAAGUGAGCAGCAGAAUAGGAUGGAACACCCACACAAACACGAUGAGCAGGGUCUGUCAUUUGAACAAGAUGGUGUCAAACAAACAGAAGAGUAUGCUGCUAAAAUACUGGAGCCUGAGCUGAAGCAGACUUCAAAAUCAAGGCCUUCAUCGUCCACCUCUCAGGGAAGGAACAAGAAAGAAAAGGAGAAACGACAGGAUGCCCCGUCAAUAACAGUCGAACAGAACCAUCACCAGCAGGACUGGUGAAUGACGAGCCCAGACGCUUCUUCACAUCAUCAUCAUCAUCAUCAUCACGUCACAUCAUCAUAACAGCAGACGACCCAGCCACUGCUUCUGCAUUGAUCUAAUGUGGCUUGGUAUUACUUUAAUUGUGGUGAUGAGCCAAGCAACAUCAAUUCAUGCUGUUUUCUUUUAGAAAAACAUAAGAGUCAAUGUUCAAACAAAACACUACUGGGGAUGGACACACUAUCAUAAGGUCUACAAUAUUCAGCAAUAUAGUAAGAUAAAACAAAUCUUUUCUGACAUUAUAAUAAGCUUCUCAAAGUUAGCGUUUGUGUGUUGUACAGCUGUUCAUGAUCCGGUGCCCUAACCUGUUUUACAGGGAUAAUUCUGAUGCAGAUAUUGUGUAGAUGCAAUUUAUUCCAUAUACAAUAUGUACAGUACAUAAGAAACAAUAUUUUGGGUCAUUUUAAGCCUAAAUGUAUUUUUGUUUAGCAAAAAUCGGAUAAGAGAUCAUGACACAAACAGUUGUGUUUUGUCAACGAUUUAUUAAUAAAAUAUUAGCCACACAAGUUGGAUGGAUGCAACAAUAACAAAGUCAUCUGCACAGUGUUUUGUGUCGAUUAAAUACUGGGGCAAUAAAAAUAUACAUCACUA